AUGCCAGUCGGACACUCACCGCCCAUACCUUUAGUGAAUCCUGAAGAUGAAAAUGUGAUUCCACCGUUACCAUCACCCACACGAAGUGAAAGUGAAUCUUUUCGUGGUUUUCAGGAUUCGGAAAUAGCAGCUGAUGCCGCCACCACGAAGGAACUGACCGGACUUUUCCGACAGCGAAACCAGGUGCACCGCAAAUUGGUGCGGUUACAUUCGACUUUCCGAGGCGUCCGGCAUUUCGAAUUGGCCCAGCUUAACGUUAUGAGCAGCAAACUUGUCAAUGCUUAUGCCGAGUUUAACAGCAUCCAAAACCACAUAAUGGCGCUCGUUCCGGAUGAAAAAGUGGCAGAACAGGAAAGAGCCUGCGACGCUUUUGAAGAUCUGCAUGAUUACCUCUCCACGGCAAUUGAAGGAAUAAUAAUCCAGAUGAAAAAUGAUGCUAUUCUGCCACCCACCGCACCGCAAGUUGUAAUUCAACAGCAACCAUUGAAGGCACCGAUUCCUACCUUCGAUGGGAUGUAUGCAAAUUGGCCAAAAUUCAAAGCGGUUUUCCAGGACCUAAUGGCCAACUCAGCAGACACCGAUGCAAUAAAAUUGUACCAUCUGGACAAGGCUCUUGUGGGUGCGGCGGCUGGAGUUUUGGAUGAAAACAUUAUCAGCGCUGGUAACUAUCAGCAAGCAUGGGCUGUGCUGACAGAGCGAUACGAAAAUCAACGUGUUAUCGUCGAGUCACACAUAAGAGGAUUGCUCCAACUCAAAAGGAUGUCAGGUGAGUCGUAUAAGGAUUUGCGAGCCCUUUUAGACGAGUCUACACGUCACGUAGAAAGCCUCCGGUAUUUGAAUCAGCAGCUCAUCGGCAUUUCGGAGCACAUGAUUGUUUACACCAUUACGAAUGCACUGGACAAAGCGACGCGCAAGGCUUGGGAAUCAACUCUUAAACGAGGUGAAUUGCCUAAGUAUGAGUCGACCAUCGCUUUCCUGAAAACCAGAUGCCAAAUUUUGGAAAACUGCGAGACUUCUACACCAGUUGCACCGACGCCAGUCCCCAAAUCGAAGUUCGUCACAGUAGUACCGAAGGCACCAAUCCAGAAGAGUUACGCUACUACGACGGUCAACACGAAUCAGGCAGAAAUGUGUGAGCUUUGUGGUGGUGCACAUUUCAACUACCAGUGUGCCACGUUGAAGAACUUGAAUGCAUCCCAGAUGAGUGAGAAGAUUCGAGCAGCGGGUGCAUGUUUCAACUGCCUGCGCAAAGGCCAUCGAUCGAACAGAUGUCCAUCCAACAACAGCUGCAGAAAGUGUCAGAAGCGUCAUCACACUAUACUCCACGAUGAUAGUGCCGAAGGGUGCAGCCAGGAUGGACGUACGAAGGUACCCACCCAGCAGGUACCAGAAUCGGCUAACGUUGCGACUCCAGUUCCUGUUUUGAAUUCGAGCACUGCUCCUAAAGAAGAUCCACCAGUUUCGACAGCCUGUUCAUGCAACUAUGGGCAGUCAUCAAAGAUAGUGCUGCUACUAACUGCAAUAGUACACGCCAUUGAUCGACAUAAUCAGCCACAUGAGUGCCGUGUGUUGCUCGACAGCGGUUCUCAGGUAACGGGCACAAUUCCAUCUGUCAAGAUUGACGUCACCGAAUGGAACAUCCCCCAAGGGAUUCAUUUGGCCGAUCCUGAGUUCCAUAAGCCUGAGAAGAUCGACAUGCUAGUCGGAGCUGAGCUGUUCUUCGACUUACUGAAGCCAGGUUGUCUUACUCUCGCCGACAACCUGCCACAAUUGCGAGACACUCACCUUGGAUGGGUGGUCGUCGGAGUGAUAAACGAUGCCAUCGUAUCCAACGUAGCCAUUCAACAAUCCAAUGUCGCAUCCAUCGCCCGUGUGGAAAGGUUGAUGCACCAGUUCUGGAGCGUUGAAGAAGUUCCCGAUGUUACGCCGCUGUCUGUAGAAGAGCAGUCAUGUGAAACACAUUUCCUUUCCACUCACAAUCGCAAUCCAAAUGGACGAUUUGUCGUUAGCCUACCUCUGAAGGAAAAUGUUAACCAUAUUGAUGAUUGUCGUGCCUUAGCUUUGAAGCGAUUCCUGAUGCCUGAAAAACGGCUGCAGCGUGACGCCGAACUUCGAUCCCAGUAUGUUGAUUUCAUUCGCGAGUACGAGGCUCUUGGACAUUGUCACGAAGUGAAGGAGUCCAAUGAUCAAUCCAAUCGGGCAAUGUACUAUAUGCCACACCACGCCGUUCUUCGACCACAUAGCUCCAGCACCAAGUGUCGUGUGGUGUUCGACGCAAGCGCCAAGUCAUCGUCACCAAAGCUAUCGCUCAACGAAGUACUCAAGGUUGGUCCCAUUGUUCAGAGGGAUCUGUUUUCCAUCAUGCUGAGUUUCCGGAAGCAUGCUGUUGCCUUUUCGGCGGACAUAACAAAAAUGUAUCGGCAAAUACUUGUGGCCCCGGAAGACACGUGCUACCAGAGAAUAUUUUGGAGAGAGCAGCCAACUCAACCGCUACGUGUUUUAGAAUUGGAUACUGUCACGUACGGUACAGCAUCCGCUCCAUAUCAAGCCACCCGAUGUUUGCUCCAGCUCGCCGAAGAUGAGUCAGCAGACUUUCCCAUUGGUGCUCGUAUCGUAAAAGAGGAUUGUUAUAUCGACGACGUGUUAUCUGGUGCGGAUACCAUCGAGGAAGCCAUUGAAUGCCAUCGCCAAUUAAAGCAGAUGCUCGCCCGAGGUUGUUUCCCCGUGCACAAAUGGUGCUCCAACUCGGAUGCAUUUAUGCAGUGUGUUCCAGUCGAGGAACGUGAAAAGCAGUUCACCUUGCAGGAAUAUGGUGCCAACGAAGCAAUAAGGGUUCUUGGCCUACUGUGGGACCCGAAUAACGAUCAGCUUCUCAUCGCUCAUCAAAAUCAACAAUUGUCAACGCCGGCUCAACCAGCGACCAAACGGAUCAUAUACUCCGAGAUUGCAAGGUUUUUUGAUCCAUUGGGAUUGUUCUCACCGGUGAUCGUGGUCGCCAAGAUUCUGAUGCAGCAGCUAUGGAAGACCAACGCAGGAUGGGAUGACAUCCUGAAUGAACAAUUCCAACAACAAUGGCGACUGUUGCAAGAAUCUCUGCCUCAUCUAAAUUUUAUUCAGGUGCCACGAUGUGUGACUUUUCCGAAUGCCGUGGCCUACGAACUUCAUGGGUUUGCUGAUGCUUCUGCCGUUGCGUAUGGUGCCUGCAUUUACGUGCGCAGUAUUUCCGCCGAUGGUUCCGCACAAUUGAAACUACUCAGCAGCAAAUCAAAGGUUGCACCACUGCAUGAAGUAACCAUCCCGAAGAAGGAAUUGUGUGCUGCUCUACUGCUAACUCGCCUGCUGGAAAAGGUACUACAAGCCAUACAGAUGAGGUUCCGAGAAAUUGUUCUCUGGUCCGAUAGCACAAUCGUCCUGGCCUGGCUGAAGAAGCCUGCCGAUCGUCUGCAAGUUUUUGUGCGAAAUCGCGUGGCAGAGAUCCAGAGAACCACCGGAAACUUCAAGUGGUGUUACGUUCGUUCGGGAAGCAAUCCAGCUGACGUGGUAUCGCGAGGUCAGUUACCGGAACAAUUACUCAAAAACGAACUAUGGUGGAACGGCCCCGUGUUACUUAGAUCAACCUACUACGAAUUAGAAGAUCCAGAAGAAGUUCCUGAUCAGCUGCUUCCAGAGAUGAAAUUGGUCAUCGCUACGCCAGCUGUGAAGGUCGAACUCUUUCCGUUUGUAACUAAAUUCAGCAACUUUCGCAAGGUACAACGCAUCAUGGCAUAUGUUUUGAGGUUCGUCAACAAUUGCCAGCAGAAGCAUUUCCUCGAUCGUAUUCUCACUCCUUAUUUGACCAUCCGAGAAUUGCAGCGCUCGACGGAGGUGCUCAUCAAGAUUUCCCAGCACGUUCAAUUGGCAGACGAAAUUGAACGCCAUCAGUCCAAUAAAAAUUGCAAGCGAGUCGGAAAUCUUCGUCCAUUCAUCCAAGAUGGCUUGCUCCGAGUUGGAGGCCGACUCAUUCACUCCAAGUUGCCAUAUGCAUCAAAGCAUCCAAUCAUAUUGCCCGACAAGGAUCCCAUCACGACGAUGCUAAUCAGGACGAUGCACAUCGAGCUGCUUCAUCCGGGCCAAUCAGCGCUCAUCAACGCAAUUCGACAGCGGUACUGGCCGCUCAAAGCUCGUUCUAUUGUGAGGCAGAUUACUCGCAAAUGCGUACAAUGCUUUCGUGUGAGACCGGGAGCCACAACGCAGCUGAUGGGGAAUCUUCCGCAAUCACGAAUCGUGCCAUCUCCACCAUUCGCAGUGACUGGUGUGGACUACGCUGGUCCUUUGUUGGUAAAGCAAGGAACCUAUCGUCCCAAACUCGUCAAGGCGUAUGUAGCAGUGUAUGUUUGCAUGACCACCAAGGCCGUACACCUCGAAGCGGUUUCUGAUCUGACGACGGAUGCGUUCCUAGCAUCACUCAGACGCUUCAUCAGUCGUAGAGGAUUGGUACAGCAGUUGCAUUCUGAUAAUGCAACCAACUUUAAGGGAGCGAACCACGAGUUGAACCAGCUGUAUCAUCUUUUUCGAGAUCAACAGAUGCUCGAUCAAGUUCAACAGUUUUGCGCAGCACGUGAAAUCGAGUGGCAUUUCAUCCCUCCUGACGCCCCUGAAUUUGGCGGACUGUGGGAAGCGGCAGUGAAGUCAGCAAAAACUCACCUGAAGCGAGUCGUCGGUAACGCGCGGUUAACGUUUGAAGAAUUGGCAACUAUUCUCACGGAAAUAGAAGCUGUGUUGAAUUCUCGCCCUCUAUUCAGCAUCUCCACCGAUCCAGCUGAUCCACAAGUGAUUACACCAGCACAUUACCUGAUAGGGCGUCCGCUCAUCACACCAGCCGAGCCGUCUCUGGAAGACAUCAAAGCCAACCGUUUGAGUCGAUGGCAGCAUUUGCAGCUCAUGCGUGAGCACUUUUGGCGUGCUUGGAGACGGGAUUAUCUCAACACGUUGCAGCCACGGAAAAAGAAUCUAAGAAUGAUGCCGAAUCUACGCCCCGGAAUGGUUGUUCUUCUCCACGACAAGACACAGCCACCUUUAAACUGGAAGCUGGGACAUAUCACCGCUGUCCACCCUGAUGCUGAAGGCCUACUUCGAGUAGUGGAUAUUUUUGUCGAUGGUUCUACUUUCCGCCGUCCGGUCAACAAGCUUUCCGUUCUUCCCAUCGAAGACAACUCCAUCGCAUCUCCAUCCGACGACGAAUCUGUUGUCACGUAG